AUGCACCUUGGACUCUUCCUCCUUAGCCUCGCGGGCCUUGCCGCUGCGAGUCCUGUGGGACUCGCGGAACGCCAGUUCUCCUCCGAUGGCAACGAACUGCGUCAAGGCUCUUGCAAACCCAUUAUCUUCAUCUUUGCCCGGGCGUCUACCGAGCCUGGCUUGCUCGGUAUUUCCACGGGACCCGCGGUCUGUAAUAACCUGAAAAUGGCCAAAGCCGGGCAGGUCAUCUGUCAGGGUGUGGGGCCGGCCUACACGGCAGAUCUCAUGUCCAAUGCUCUACCGGACAACACUUCCCCCGCGGCUAUCAGCGAGUCCGAGAGUCUCUUCAAGCUGGCUGCUUCCAAGUGCCCCGAUAGUCAAAUCUUGGCGGGUGGAUAUAGUCAGGGAACGGCGGUUAUGGAUGACUCGAUCAAGCAACUCCCCGACGACGUCAAGGAUAAGAUCAAGGGUGUCGUGCUUUUCGGAUACACCCGCAACGCCCAGGAACAUGGACAAAUCGGCAACUUCCCCAAGGACAAAGUCAAGAUCUACUGUGCUGCGGGUGAUAUGGUCUGCGAUGGCACCCUCCUUGUCCUGCCCGCGCAUUUCAGCUAUAUUAUGAACACGGGCGAGGCGUCGAAGUGGCUGGAGUCCAAGCUUGGUGAUACUUCCACUUCCUCACAAACUUCUUCCUCCUCCAGCACGACGUCGGGCGAUUCUUCCUCGGAGUCCUCCUCCGCGGCCGGACUCAGCGGAUUGAGCGGGCUUAGUGCGUUGAGCGGGCUGGGUGGCUCAUCCAGCUCCGGCGACUCAUCUGGCUCCAGUGGCCUGUCCGGGUUGUCAUCGUUCUUGUGA